CAUGACACGAGUUUCAAGCUACUGUAGGCCUAUUCGAAAAUAUUGAAAAAGAUUGUCUAAAUUAAUCCGGAUAUGUAUAUUAAUUUAAUGACAGAUAUUUGAUUUGAUUUUAUACAUUAAGACUACUUCAUAGUAUACAAAUAUUAAUUUCAUGGAGAAUGUAAAAGCACGCUAAUGAAUUCGCGGGAAACUCAUUUCGCCCAUUCACAUAAUAGAGUGGCUGUUGCCUGUUGUUCUGAACUGAAGCCGAGUUAUCCUGAUGUGGUUGUGAGGUUGGAUUCAGUUGAAAAUUUUGUUAAAAUUUUGUGAAAUUAAGGCAUGUUACUAGAUUUCCCUAGCCAAUUCAAUAAAUGGUUAAUUCAAAAUGGUUCGUCCACCUAAAAAGCGUGCCUGCAACUUUGAGGAUAAACCUGAAAGGCAGGUCGAACCAAGCCAGGAUGCUACAGAUCAGGAGACUCUACAACCAGCUGAUUCAAAUGCCGAAUAUGUAAUCAUCAAAAAGGAAUCAUCGACGGAAGUGGAAGAGGAAGAGGAAGAAGGUGCGAUGAAUGCAGACAGCUCGCUGCUGGAGGAGAGUGUGGUGGGGGGCAGCGGUAGCGAAAGUCAGACUGUGACGCCGACCAAGAGUCGCUUCGGUCGCUCGCACAAGCCGAAGGUGCUCGGUGACUUCGUCUCCACCGACAAGAAAGUCAGCAUCGUGUUGAAGGUGAGCCCCGUCAACCAGUUCAAGUACUACAAGGACUCGAGUCGAAACCCCAACAAGCCGAAACAUGAGCGACGUGGCCGACCUAGGAAGUCGCUGCUCAGAGACAGCUUCGAUGCCCAAAAAACGGAAAGCUCGCCCAAGUCGCAAAAGGAAGCUGAUCCAGUGGCGUCAGCAGUAGACGAGGCUGCAGCAGCAGCAGCAGUCAGCGACGAGGUGGAUGUGAAAGUGGACCCAGCAGAAAUGCAGGUGGACCCGAGCUGCCAAUGGCAGGUGGGUGACCUGGCAUGGGCACGCAUUGGCAACCACCCUUUUUGGCCGUGCAUUAUUGCUAGAGACCCUGAACUGGCAAUCUUCACACGCAUUAAAAUGUUCACCAAGAGUUUGGUGCCGCACAGAAGAUUACACGUUCAGUUUUUUGGUGAUAAUGGCCGAAGGAGUUGGUUGUCUUCCACGUCAGUCAUGAAUUAUACUGGUCGUGCUGCUUUUGAAGAAUUGUCACAAUCGAUAUUAUCUGCUGUAAGUAGAUUAGUGUCUUGUGUAAUUUCUAGAAAUCAAGUCGCGGAUGUUUUGAGUAAUCUAAUCAAUUUCCAUUUCAUCUUUUACAGAGAGGAACGAGUGCUUCACUUUAAACGCCUGGUGCAGAGGAAUGCUAGACUUGCCGAGAGAAAAGGAGCAGCAAACCAAUCUCCAUCUUCACCAAAAGUGAAAAGGCAGUAUAGGAAAAGAAAAGCCGAACAGAGUCAAGAAGAUUCUGAUUAUGUGGUUGCAGAGAAGCAGAUCAAGCUCGACAACGAGGCUGUAGAGAGUCAGUCAUCAACUCCUCCUGUUUCAACGCCUCCUGUUUUAACUCCUCCUGUUUCAACCCCUCCUGUUUCAACGCCUUCUGUUUCAACCCCUCCUGUUUCAACGCCUUCUGCUUCAACUCCUCGUAAACGGGGACGUCCCCGUAAAAGUUUGACUCCAUCUACAGUAAUAAAAACAGAACCGAUUCAAGAAUCUACACCGAGUUCUAGACCCGUUAGACAGUGUACUAAAAUCGUAAUUAAAAUGGAAGUGGAUGAAUCGAAAAACGACAGUAUACCUGAUUCAAAACAAGUUCCAUCAACAUCAUCCGGAGGACAAGCUAAGAAAAAAUUCAGGUCUCCCACUGUGCCAGCUCCCACUCUUCCACCAUCUUCAGAUCAGCCGAGUAAAGCCAAAAAUAAGAAAACAAAAUUGGGCGCCGAAUUCAAUAAGUUCAGUAGUAAGCAGUUCAAUAAAGUAUCGAGCCAAAAUCCAGACAUGGGAACUAAAGAAAUUGAAAUACAUUUGGAAAGGAUGUGGAAAGAACUCCAUGACUCUCAAAAAUCCAAGUGUCGUAUAAAAGUGAACUGCAAGGACAAGGAAGAUGACGAGGAGGAAGAAUCGGUGACGUGGGAUCCGGAAGACACCGACGAGAAAACGUCCACUUCUGAGAUGAGCGAAAGCCCGCUAACGCAGCCACCACCCAAGGCCAGAACGAAAGUGAGCAUUUUCAACGGCGCAUUCCAGGGCAAAGUGUGCCAGGUGUGCGAGAAGCCGGGCAACACGUUCCGCUGCAAGGGGCCCUGCUACGGCACCUACCACCUCGAAUGUGCCGCCAACCCACGCGACUUCAGCGCGCGAAUCAACGAGAUCUUCCAGUCGGUGAACGCGGCAAGCAGCCCCGCCCUGCAAAGCCGCAAGAAGAAGGUCGACAGCCGAGGUCGCAGGAAGUCCAUCGUGUCAACACCCACCAACGAUGAUGAUGCCACUAACAAAUCAGUCACAACUGAAAGUGAAGAUUUGGAGGAGUCGUCGACGACUGAAGAGAAUGUUGAUGACAGCAAAAAGUCUUUGGUUCUUAACGAAAGUGAGGAUGUGAAGGAGACAACUGGGAGUGAGGAUAAAAUUGAUAAGAGAAGAAAUAAGUCGUUGUUGAAUACAGAGAGUGAGGAUUUGGAGGAAACUGGGUUGAAUGAAGAGAAAAAGAAGAAAAUUGAUGAAAGAAGGAAGUCGAGAACGGAAAGUGUAGAUUCGGAAAUGAAGGAAGAUUCGUCGAAAGAAGUGAAAGGAAAAAGGAAUUUGCGAGAGGAAAGCGUAGAUUCGGAGGUGGAGGGAGAUUCGGUGAACGAAGUGAAGGAGAAAAUUGAUGGUAAAAGGAAGUUGAGAGCGGAUAGCAAGGAUUCGGAAGUUAAGGAAGAUUCGGCGAAUGAAGUGAAGGGAAAAAUUGAUGGGAGGAGGAAGUCGAGAACGGAAAGUGUGGAUUCGGAAGUGAAGGAAGAUACGGCCAACAAAGUGAAAGGUAAAAUUGAUGGAAGAAGGAAGUCGAGAACGGAAAGUGUGGAUUCGGAAAUGAAGGAAGAUUCGUCGAAAGAAGUGAAUGGAAAAAUAAAGUUGAAAGAGGAAAGCGUAGAUUUGGAAGUGAAGGAAGAUUCGGCGAAUGAAAUGAAGGGAAGCAUCGAUGGAAAGAGGAAGUUGAGAUCGAAAAGCGUGGAUUCGGAAGUGAAGGAAGAUACGGCGAACGAAGUGAAGGGGAAGAUUGAUGGGAGGAGGAGGAGGUCGAUUGUGAAGAAAGAGACUGAGAACUCGGAGGAUGCAACAACCACUGUAAAAAAAGAGGAUGAGUAUUCGGAGCAGUCCGCUGGUGGGAGUAGGAAAGCGGUGAAUAAGUUGGUGAAAGCGGAGAGUGAAGACUCGGAGGACUUGAAUGAUAGGAAGAAGGAAGACGAAGGGGCGGUGGAUAAGAAGAAGAAGAAGGGUGCGGCGAAGGAGUCGAGCGACAGCAGCGAGGAGGCCGACAGCCAGAGUGCCGACUUUCGAUGCGCCGCCUGCACCGAGGGUCGUCUCCAGCCCUGCUUCGUCUGCGGCCGCGACGAGAUCAACGGCCACUCCAGUCGGCAGCGGUGUCAUGUUGCACAGUGCGGCAGGGUGUACCACUUGGAGUGUUUGAAGGCGUGGCCACAGGUGAACUGGCUGCGGAGUGGUGGCGGAGGCGGGGGCAGUGGUCGACGGGGGGGCGAGGACAGGGGGGACAUGCCGCCGUUCGCGUGUCCUCAACACGCGUGUCACACCUGCAUCUCGGACAACCCCAGUGUCAUGAAGGAGCGAUUUGCCAACGACCGACUUGUCAAGUGCCUCAGGUGUCCCACCUCUUAUCAUUAUGGAAACCAUUGUUUACCAGCUGGUACUGAAAUAAUUGCUGCCAGACAAAUAAUUUGUCCUCAGCAUUACAAGAAACAUAAGAAGGGAUUGCAGCAUGUUAAUGCUGCCUGGUGCUUCAUAUGUGCCUCAGGUGGGUCGUUGAUCUGCUGCGACAUGUGCCCGACCUCGUUCCACGCCGACUGCCUGAAGAUCUCGCCGCCCGAAGGGGGUUACAUCUGCGAGGACUGCGAAACAGGUCGCUUCCCGCUCUACGGCGAAAUCGUCUGGGUCAAGCUGGGCAUCUACCGAUGGUGGCCCGCUCAGGUUAUGUUUCCACAUCUGAUUCCUCCCAACAUUCGGAAUCUUGCUCAUGCCAGAGGAGAGUUCGCUGUCAAGUUCUUCGGUUCACAUGACUUCUACUGGGUCAAUAGAGGUCGAGUUUUCCUUUAUCAAGAAGGGGACUCGGGUGGCCGUUGCACUUCCAAACGCAAAGCGACUGACCAGAUGUUCCUGCGAGCAGUGGAGGAGGCUACGGAAGCUUACACGCGAAUCAAAAAUGAAAAAGCCAGUCGCGAGGCCACACAUCGCUCUGGAAUGAAACCGCCUUCGUACAUAAGAAUCAAGACGAACAAGCCAGUGGGGCAGGUGCGAGCCAUGGAGGCCAACAUCUCCAGUCUGACGCCCUGCGAGUGUGACCCGAACAGUGCCAACCCAUGCGGCCUCGACACUGACUGCUUGAAUCGGAUCUUGAUGAUCGAAUGUAAUCCGCUAAUCUGUCCAGCCGGUGAAAGGUGCAAAAAUCAGCAAUUUGAAAAAAGAGAAUAUCCACCUCUGAUGCCUUAUCGAACUGAUGGUCGAGGCUGGGGCCUCAAAACACUUGUCGAUUUGAAAAAAGGUGAAUUUGUAAUAGAAUAUGUCGGCGAAAUGAUUAAUGAACUGGAGUAUCAACGACGGCUACAGAAAAUGCAUGAAGCUAAUGAAAACAACUACUACUUCCUAACAAUCGACAAAGAUCGCAUGCUGGAUGCCGGACCAAAGGGCAACGUGGCGAGGUUCAUGAACCACUCGUGCCAGCCGAACUGUGAGACGCAGAAGUGGACGGUGAACGGGGACACGCGCGUGGGCCUGUUUGCGCUGCACGACAUCAGCGCCGAGACUGAGCUGGUCUUCAACUACAACCUCGAGUCGAUCGGCACCGAGAAGAAGCAGUGCAUGUGCGGUGCGCCCAACUGCAGUGGAUUCAUUGGCGUCAAGGCUAGCAAGAAUGGUAAUGGCAUCAGUGCAGAAGAUUCUGUCCUGGAGAAGCUUAAAAAACCUCGACGCCGGUCCAGAUCAUCGAAGCAGCCGGCAAAGCUGUCCGAUGACUUCUGCUUCAUCUGCCAGGAGGGUGGCGAACUGCUGCUGUGCGAUGGAAAGCACUGCACCAAGGCCUACCACCUCAAUUGCCUCAGUAGGAAUAAGAAGCAUCCAGCUGGCUAUUGGCUAUGUCCUUGGCAUCAGUGCAAUGUCUGCUGCAAAGGAAAGGUGUUCCGCUGCAACUUCUGCAUCAACUCCUAUUGUCCCACUCACGCUGAAGGCAACAUUCGCCUCGAAGAGUCCAUUGGAUAUGUCUGCACAAAGCAUGGCUGUACUAAGAGUGAUAAAAAUAAAGCUGAUGAUAGGUUAAAGUUGAUGAUUAGCGCCGAAGUGAAGCCGAAGCCUGAAAAAAGCAGCCCAUUGUCCGAUGUGAAGGUGCCUGUUGUUGCUGAUGCUCCAUCAGUCGAGCCGCCAUCAUCUGAUGUGAAGGUGCCUGAUGUUUCUGAUGCUCCACCGGUGGAGCCGCCAUCAUCUGAUGUGAAGGUGCCUGAUGGUGCUGAUGCUCCAUCAGUUGAGCCGCCAUCAUCUGAUGUGAAGAUGCCUGAUGUUGCUGAUGCUCCAGUCGAGCUGCCAUCAUCUGAUGUGAAGAUGCCUGACGUUGCUGAUGCUUCACCGGUUGAGCUGCCAUCAUCUGAUGAGAAGGUGCCUGAUGUAGCUGAUGCUCCAUCAAACGAGCCGCCAUCAUCCAAAUCAUCGGCCAGUUCUGAGGAGAAGCAGAACAACAACGUUGAGUCAGUGAAAUCAGUUUGGAGCAGUCCGCGAACUCGCCGAGCUAGGAGCAAUUCCGAUGUGAACCAAGCUGCAGCAUCAGCAAACAUAACUGAAUGUAGUGUGAAACUGCUAAGAUAUAUCAGACGUCCGGCGUCUGUCGAUUCAUUGAAGGAAACUGAAGUGCCUCUCAAAGAAACUCUACUCAGGACCGCUGUGUUGAAAAGGAGGAGAAGCCUGAAAACCACCUCACAAGAGGAGGAGCAGGUGAAAAGAGCCGUUGUUGAUUCAGAGUCUUGUGAAACCAGUAAAGAGAAUACAGAACCAAAAGUGAUGGAUAAUCAUGGAAAUGGAGAAACACUCAACGAAUUUGAUGUUAGCGAUUCAAACAAUAUGAACGGCGUUGGAAAUGCACAAGUGAACGGCCAUGUGGAGAACGAAGAGAACGAUUUGAGUGGGAGUAUUCCGGCCAAUAGGGAACAGAAAAAUGAAGAAAGUGAAGAAGUCACCGAAAGUACGACUAGUGAAGUCAACGAAAUUGAAAAAGUUACCUCUAAUCAGGAUGAAGAUGUAGUCGCAAAAGAUGUCGUGGAAGGGAAAAAUGUUGUUUCUGAAAUUAACGGUGACAAAAAUGGUAUGGAUUUAUUGGAUAAUGAUGGAAAUAACGAAGAAUCCAAAUCGAAUUCACAAGAAAAGCAUUUGCCAGUAGAUGAAUCUAAAUUCGAGGAUAGCAAAAUGGAAUGUGAAAGUGUAUCAUCAGCAGAAAAAAAGAUUGACAACGAUAAGACUGAUGCCACCGAGAAGUCUGAAGUCAUGUCCAACAGCUUCGGCUGUGAUUUAGACAUGGAAGUUACUCAUGAAACUGCCGAUGAUGAUGAUGAUGAUGAUGUGUGCAGUGGAGGAGAGCAACAAGUACCAACAAAUGAAAGUUGUAAUGAAAAAUCGACCAAAGACGAAAGUUGCAGCGAAGAGGCGAAAAAUGACGGAGCUAAUGAAGAAUCUCUUCACAAACAAACUGAAGAAAACCCGGAACAAGUGAAAGUGAAUGGUGUUGCACAUGAAUGUACUGAUGAGAGAAUGGAAGUCAAUGAAGAUGAUAAAACUAAUUAUAUGAAUUCUAGUGAUAACGAAACUAGUGGAAAAACAGUUGACAAUUCCAAAAUUAGUUUAGAAACAGUAGCGGAAACUAAUGGUGAUGCUGAAAUGUCGGAAAGCAAAGAUGAGUGUGUUUUGAAAAAAAGUGCUGACUCUAAGAAACUUAUUUUAACUGAAGACCAGGACUCAUUAGUAGCCUGAAACUUAAUUUUGUGAAUUAGGUUUUACAAAAACAAUAUUGUAAAUUUUUUGUAUGUGCAUUUCUUUUAAAAUUUUCCAAUAUAUAGGUAGGCUUUUCAAUACUCGUUCAAUAUGGAGCUUACACUCCUUGAAGUUAAGCUUCUUUCUUGUUUGUUUUAAAGUUGAAUGAAAAGCAAUAUCAAUGCUGGUAAUUUAAUUAUUCAAUUAAGUUUAUUUAAUAGUGUAAAUUAGAAAUGUAGCUUUUUUAUAGUACAGUAUAAAAUUCUUCUUGAUCGCUCAUACUUAACUCUUUUACCAGUACAUCACUUAUUGGUUUAAAAAUUUAUGUUUACUGCAUUAUACAUGUUCUAUAAUUAAUUUAUCUUAUUAAUUCUAUGCAAUCCUCAUUAUAUUUAUUUGGAGAUAAUUGAACCAGUAACCUUUGUUAACAUGAGAAAGGGCUAGGUUUAAGUAAUCAGUUUCAAACUAUAUGAUGAUUACAUUGAUUUAUUAAAUAAUGUAAAUUAAAAGAGUAGCCCGAAAUAAUGUAAUGGAUUUAUAAAUAGGACACUGGGAAGAAAAUUAUUCCGUUUACAUUAUAAAAUAGGAAAAUAAUAUAUUUGUUAUUAUUGUGAGCCACUGUCCGUGUAGUUAAUUCAUUAUGAAUUAGACAGAUGUAAAAUUUCUCUACAGAAACAAGAAAAAUAACAUCGUAAUAUUGCAAUCAAGGGUUUGAGCUGGAAUUGUAAUGUCUCAUAAUGUGAUUUCAAAACUAUUAGUCUACCCAGAAAUUAACAAAAAAAGAAGAAAACAAAUCAUUUAUGUUGAAAAAAAUAUUCGUUGAUUUAUGAUAAAAGUGAAGAAAUUUAUUGAAACCUAAUAAAUUAUAACUAUUGAUAACUCUAUUCCAAAUGAAACAGUUACCCAACACUCAACUGGACAGUUAUUCAAAUAUUUUCAUUUCAUAAAUAAUUUUACUAUAGAAGACCAUUAUUAUUCGAUUUCUAAUUAUUGUAAAUUUCGUAUUCGAAAGAGCAUUCAAAAAAUGUUGAAAAGUAACAUAAGCAUGAACUAUCAAAGAUAUAACGGCUACUCACCAUUGUAGCUAAAUUGUGUAAUGAUUUUUUUAUUUUAUUUUCAAAACAAUUAUUGUUGAAAAUCCAAUAUUUUAAAUAACCAUGCCUCAGUAUUACCAGUUCUAUUGAACUUGUUUAAUUCAACCUCAACCAAACCAUGUGAAUGUAAUCACUCAUCAGAAACGCAAUUUUUUAAGUCUAUUCGCUUAACUCUAUUUUCAUAGUUCUUACCAUGGAACUGUUUAGGCAUGAUUAUUAUCCUUUCAAUUAUUUAGCUGGCUAUGUAAAAAUUUAAAUUCUUGAUUGAUGAAAAUUCAUGUAAUCUAAUCGACGAAUGCUUCAAAAGCUGAAUGCCCUCCAUUGAUGCUAUUGAAUGGUUUUCUAAUUUAAUUUAUUCACUCAAAGAUUGUAUUUUAACACUUUUGACUAUUCGUAGUUUAUUGUUGUAUAGUUUAUAAAUGGUAACGGGUUAACAUCCAAAAAUACAAAAAAUCGUGAACCAAUUAAUGUUAGCUGAUUGUAAAACCGAAGGCGCAUGCCUUCAAUUGUAACUUUCCAAUAGAAAAUCAUACCUCAAUAAUUGUGACGUUGUUGGCAAGCAAUAACCAUGGGUGCCUUUUUAUCUUGAUGAUUUGAUAAUAUGUUCAAACAAUAGGACUUCAAUAAUUCAAACAAAUUCUACGUGUCUACUUGUCAAGGGGUUUGUGGUUAAGAAAAGGGCUCUGACGAAGAUUUGUAGAUAUUUUUUGAAGGUUUUAAAAUAUGUUUACACUAUGUCGAAUUAUAGAGAAAAUAUAUCACUGUAUUUUUUGAAAAAAAAAUAACUUGAUUAUCUAGUAAUUUCACUUUUUGCUUUUGUCUGGAUAUUUGUUAAAAAAAUGUUUUAGAAAUUGCACAUGUUUUUCACAAAUUUAAGUAUUUUUAUGUACUAGGGAAAGUCAAUGUUCUGUUUUCAAGCUUCGGUUGUUAUUGUUUCAAAAUAAGCUCUGAUUGGUUAUGACCUACAAUAUUUGAUUUUCUUAUAAAAUUACAUAAAUCUUCAAUGGAUCCUUACAGAAAUGAAUGUAUCAAGUAAUUGAACACCAGGGUUCUCUGUCUGCGUAGUUUUUUUAGCUGUAAUUCUACGGUUAUAUACAGAAAUAUUUUCUAGUCAUUACCAGGCAUCCUCUCUAUUAAAAAUAAUAUCAUUGACUAACUUUAUUGCAAUACAAUCAUUUAGUAAAAUUAUACUGCUAAAUGAAUGUAAUUCAUCUACUAACCUUUAAAGUUGUGAUAUAUUUUUUAAAUACUUUCUUUACAGCACCUUUUCUUACCAGUAAGUUGAAUAGGGUAUUGUUUUUAUUUGGAAAGAGUCAUUCAUUUCAUCCAAACACGUCUAUAAAAUUAAAAUAUUUUAUUAUUAUUUGUUGAGUUAGCUUAUCCAAAAGCAUUGAAUACCGAAAAAAUAAAUAACUUUGCAUUUUGGACAUUGGAUUAGGAUUAAGCAUAAAUACUAUUUUUAGGUACCGUUCCGUUUUUGAAAAUAUAUUUGCCUGUCAAAUUAUUUUACUACUUCGUCUGAAAUCCAUUGAUAUUAUUUGUAGCUAUUGAAGCUUGAAAAAAUACAGUGGGAUUAAGCAAUUAAUUAACUUUACUGAAUUGAAAAUUGACCAUGAAAUUAAUUAAUAGUUUUAGGAAUUGAUAUUAUAAGUUAUUGACCACUUAGUGGCUUGAAUUAUUUUUAGUGGUUUUAUUAUAUGCACAUUAUUUUAUGUUUCUAGUAAUCACUCCUGUAUAUUAAUUGAUUGAAUAAAGUGUGGUGUGUUUUCAAGUGAACAAACAUUUUAUAGUGUCAAGCAUUGUUCUAAUGAAUGAUUACCAAAGACUAUUAACAGACUAGAAAGACUUGAAAUAAUGAAAUUCAACUGUGGGAUUGUGAGUGAAAAAUACUUGGAGUUUGAAUUAACUGCCUUUCAAACAACAACUAUUUUUGAUAGUUUUAGUUAUUAAGUGUUGUGGCAAUCUAUUGUAAAUUUUAUUUUUAUCGGAUUAUUCUGUAUCAAUUCUAAUUUCUCGAGUAUGUACAUUAUACUUUGAUAAAAUUUUGAUCAAUUUUUGACCAAGUAUAAUAAUUAUAUUGUGCAAUGUACAAUAUAAUUUUAUGCUCACAACUACGACGAUGUUAUCAAAAUCCUACAUUCUUAUCACUUGCUGGUAUACUAGAAAAUGUUUUCCCUAUUUUUAGUAGAAAAAUAAGUUACAGUAUGAAAAUAUUUUAGCCUUAUUUCGUUUUAGUUAUUUCCACCUUUUUAUUAAUAUAUUUGUCAAAUAUUUUAAUUGAUUAUAAAUUAUUAAGAAAU